AGUACAACCUUGCCCUCCUCCAAGAACCCCAGCGCCCCCUUCUCCCCUCAUCGCCCGCCCGCGCGUCUCUCCGCAAACCUCUCCGGCGGCGCGCCACCCUCCUCGUCAGCGAUGGUCCCUCGUAGGCAUGCGAAGAUGGUGGAACUUGAAAGCGACGAAGAGCCCAUGGUCCAAGAAGAGCCCAUGCUGGCCGACGAUGACACUGACGAGGAAUAUGCAGAAUCAGAAGACGAUUCAGAGGAAGAAGAGCUGCAGGCUGAGCCAUCAAAGAAGGCCAUAUACAACAAGGAGCGGCUCCUCGAGAAGCUCGAGGACAUAGCCUGGCCGGAGAACGCGGACUGGAUGCACAAGCUCACCAUCGACCACGAUCAGGGGGAGAAGGUCGAUGUGAAUGACGAUCUUACCCGCGAGCUUGCCUUCUACACCCAGGCUCUGGAUGGCACCAGGCAGGCCUUCGAGAAGUUGCAGUCCAAGAAGGUCCGGUUCCUCAGGCCGGCCGACUACUACGCGGAGAUGGUCAAGACCGACUCCCACAUGCACAAGAUCAAGGGGAAGCUCCUGUUUGAGAAGAAGCAGAUUGAGGAGGCCGAGGAGAGGAAGAAGGCCAGGGAGAUGAAGAAGAGGUCCAAGGAGGUGCAGGCGGAGAAGCUCAAGGAGAGGGCCAAGGAGAAGAAGGAGAACAUCGAGUCGGUGAAGAAGUGGAGGAAGCAGAGGCAGCAGGGCGGGUUCUCCAAGGGGAAGGAGGACGGCCCAAACAUUAAUUUCGAAGUUGAGGAAGGACUCAAGCAGCAUAAGAAGCAGAGGCCUGGUGUUUCUCCUGGUGAUAGGUCCGGUGGUCUUUCUAAGCGGAAACAGGGGAAGAACAGCAGGUCAAAAGAUUCCAAGUUUGGGCAUGGUGGCCGGAAAGGGAUGAGGAAGCAAAACACUGCCGAGACGACCAACGACUUCAGAGGAUUUAACAACCAGAAGGGCGAGUCGGGAAACAAGAAGAGGAAAAUGUUUUGAUGCAGUGUUGUAAGAGUCUGUUCCUGCUUUGCCGUGACGCUAUUAUGUUCUUGUCGUUAUGUUGUUUCGCUGCAGUGCUGUAUCACUAUAUGCAGAAGUUAGAUCGAGAUAGGGAAUUUGUGGAGGCAGCCCGAAUACGAGACCAUUUUAUUAUAUCUAGCUAUGCUAUUCUCCAUAAGAUGUGGUGCCUUUUGUAUUUAA